AGCGGAAAAGUGAAAAGGGAGCAUUAUUUACGCAGUCUUGACUCAUUGGUGUGGUAUCAAAGAAGUUACUUUGUCUCUGGUGGUGGUAUGUUCUCAGUCUGGCCUCAGUGGCCUAGUGCUGUAUGACCAGUGAGAAACGGUUAAUGACAUGAUUGAGACUGUGGCGCAUGCGCGGCAUGACGCACUGCUACUCGGUGACACAACUGCGCGCUCCAACCAAUGAAACCCAAACUUUAUUUUGAUGCGCAUUUUGAAUUCGCACAGACGGAAACGCCUAGACACGGACGGAACGCUCUGUAAUAAAUAUAUGCUAUAUUGGAAAUUAACUCCUGGAACAGUUAUAAUCUGAUUGGAUAACAAUUUGAGAAACAUUGCUGGUGUCCCACAAUGAGGAAAAGUGAGGUUCUUGCAGCCGAAUCCGUGGCCUGCUUGAAUAAGGCACUGUGUCGCCUGAAAGACAUCUGGGAGGAAAUUGGCAUCCCAGAGGACCAGCGUCUGGAGCGAACAAAUGUGGUGAAGAAUCACAUUCAAGGGCUUCUGGACAUGAUGAUCUCAGAGGAGGAGAGCCUGAGGCAGCGGCUGAUGGACAGCAUCGCAUCAUGUCGCAAAGACCUACAGAAACUUAGUCAGGAGCUGCAGUUGCCAGCUUUCGAGGAGGAUUACAACCAGACGAUGCUUCACCAGGAGAAGUCCAUCCGCACCCAGGUGUCUGCGAUGAUCGAGGAGAAGAGCCAGCGCAUGAGGCAGCUGAAGAGCCUGUCGGACCAGGACCAGGACCUGUGUGACCUGCUGUGCACCGAGCCCUUCCCCAUCUCCUCCGACCGGGUGCCCUCCACGGAGCAGCUGGACACCUACAGGCAGCACAUCAUCCAGCUGUCUGCAGAGAGGGACAAGAGACGCAGUGAGUUUAUGAAGCUGAAGCAGCAGAUUGUCUUGUGCAUGGAGGACCUGGAGCAGCUGCCAGAGACCAGCUUUGAGAAGGACGUGGUGUGCGAGGAUGAGGAUGCCUUCUGUCUGUCCCAAGACAACAUCAACUCACUCAAACUCCUGCUGCAUCAGCUGGAGAACCGCAAGGCGGAGAACGAGGCGGUGUGCGCCACCUACAGGCAGCAGAUCCAGCAGCUGUGGGAGAGGCUGCAGACCCCCCAGGAGGAGAGGGAUGCCAUGUCCACAAACAUGAGACUCUCCAAGAAGAGGAACAUGGAUGCUCUGCAAGUAGAGGUGGUACGCCUUGAGACGCUGAAGCGGCAAAACAUCUGUAGUCUUGUUACAUCCAUCCGUGAGGAGAUGGCGGCGCUGUGGGACAAAUGCUUCUACAGUGACGAGCAGAGGCAAGAGUUCAUGUCCUACCAGGAUGAUGACUUUACAGAGGAUCUCCUGAGUGCCCAUGACUCAGAGCUUCUUCAUCUCCGCCAACAUUAUGAAAGCCACAAAGAGCUAUUUGAGGGUAUUUAUAAAUGGGAAGAAAGCUGGAGACUAUACUUAGAUUCAGAGAAAAAAGCAUCAGAUCCCUCCAGAUUCACCAAUCGAGGAGGCAACCUGUUAAAAGAAGAAAAACAGCGCUCUGAUUUACAGAAAAGUCUACCCAAGCUGGAGAAGAAGUUGAAGGCUCAGAUUGACCAGUGGGAGCAGGAACAGAGCUGUGAGUUCCUGGUUAAAGGCAGGAAAUUCAUGGAAUAUGUGUCAGAACAGUGGGAACAACACCGGCUGGACAAGGAGAGGGAGAAACAAGAGAGGCACCUGAAGAAGAGUAAACAGAUUGAGGAGGAAAUGCUGUAUGGGACAUCUACCCGGUCACCAUGCAAACGCAGAUUCCUCGGCCCCACCACCACACCUGGGAAAACGCGCAAGCUAAAUGGGACGUCCGCUUUGUCUGCUGUGACGACAAACAGCACACGCUUUGGGGGAACAGUCUGCCACUCUCCUGUGGCUCGGCCACCCAUCAAGGUGAACGGGCCACGUACCCCAGUCAGGGGCAAACAGCAGCAGCCUCGUGAGCUCCUAAGGGAGCGUAAUAAGGAGAACCUGUGCCUUGCAGCCCCCAGCAGCUGUGGUGGGUCCACCAAGUCUGUUAGCCCCCAGCCUAAUGCCAGCAUUAACUCUGUCGCCAGCACCUACUCUGAGUUUGCGCGAGACCUCUCCAAAAUGUCAAAGUCCAAGUGUGUGGCCGAGAUUUUGAGCUCCACCAUCACUCCCCCUUAGGCAGUAAGCCAUGACCUAACCUGGACAGAAGAAAAGGAAUAGCAGAAGCAUGACUCUCUGUUCUGUUUAUAACGGUCUAUUCCAAAAAAGCAAACUUUGUAUUAUAUGAAAUUUGUACAUAAAUGAAGGUAAUUAAUAAUAUAUAUAUAUUUUUUGAGAUGUUUCAUUGUCACUAACGAAACACUAUUUUGCGGCUUUGCCAGAGAUGUACUGGUGGAAAUGAUGCCACGAUGGUACACUAAAAGUAUUUAGUAGAACAAAUUUAACACACUUUGCAUACCAUGCUUUUAAUACUAUCCAGUUUGAAGGGCUAUUCUAUUUCUUCAUAUGUAGUCAGUGCACCUGAGUAAGAAUGCACAUUAUGAGUAUUUUGCACAUUGUAACUCUGGACAUUUUCAGUUGCGUCCUCUGUCUCCCUUCCUAACACUGUUUUAUGUUUUUAUUUAAACUAUUAUGUAUGACUUUGGGUCAAAAGUAUUUUAUGUAGUAUGGUUUCCGUUAUUCUUGUAAACAGGUCAUAUGUUUGUCUGUUUUGUAUGUCAGUGAGUAAGAAACUGUUAUUGUUUUUUUUCCCCUUUCCUGCUUUUACUGAAUGUCUUUUCUUUUUGACUUGAUCAAAGGUCUUCUAUAUAUAUGUAAAUCUAGAACAAGUCCUUUUUUUUAUCACACAAAAAAAUAAAAUGGAUGCACUCAGAUAUUUAAAAAUUUGCUGUCAGCUCUGUCAUUUGAAAGGCAAAUGUGUAUCCCAUGUCAGGAUUCUGAUG